AUGUCCUCGAAUUCAGUAAAAAAUUCUGUUCCCUAUGAUAAUGCGGCUUAUUCAAUGGUUCUAAAUUCAGAUGCAUUAUCACCAGAAGAAGAAGACGAUGUAAAUUUAGACCAAGAGAAAGAAGAGAAUGCUGAGAUGGAAGAUGAAAAGCAGGAUGAUGAGGAGGAAGCAGCUGAGAAAGUUGGCGAAGAAGACAUGGAUGCAGAUGAACUGGAAGACGAAAACGAAGAAGAAACGCAAGAGCAGGAGGGUCAGAAUCUAGAGAAAAAAACUGAACAAUAUGAGGUGAAUCCUAUAGAAAAAUUGAAGGAGAGGGCAAUCAAGGCAGAUUUUUAUGACAUUGUUCCAACCUUGGCUAUUCCUAUGGCCACAAGCGUGAACACGUUUGCCUUUACGUCUGAUAUGAAAUGGUUAUUCACCGGUGGAGAAGACGGUUAUAUUCGGAAAUAUGACUUUUUUCCCAGUAUCAACGGUGACCUGUCUUUAACGGUCGCUCAAAGGCAUCCAUUCGUUGAUACUGUUACGAAGGCUGGAAUUUUACUUAAUUACUGGGGGAAUGGUUAUGAUGAUCAAUCUCCUUCUCCUGUUUACAGCUUAGCUGUGCAUUCGAAAGGUCUGUGGGCCCUUUCGGGAAUCAAUAAUGGUGACAUAGUCUUGUACUCAACUCGGCAUCAGGAAGGGUAUCCUGUAACGUCUUUAAGAAAACACACUGCUCCGGUUUCUUGUUUAACGCUUCAUCCAUCCGAAAAAAAAGUUUUGAGCGGAAGUUGGGACAAAAUGGUCUAUAAUUGGGAUUUGAAUACUGGAAGUGUUAUUUCGUCCUAUGCUGGGGAAUGCGGUCAACUUUCUGGAAUUAGGUAUCGCCCGACCGAAGUGCCAACCUCUUGGGGGACCGAUUCUGAUGAUAUGAGAAGUUUGUUUGGGACACCCUCUAGCAAUGGAUCCUACGGUGAUUUUGAUGAAGAAGUCGAAAAGGCUAUUGACGAAGAAACAAAAUCCAUGCAAGCACCAGAAGAAAUUGGAGAGAACGGUGGGAAUGCCAACAAAACUGAAAAACAAAUAUCUCAAAACAAAGAGAAAGAAAAAAAUAUCCCUGAAGAAACGAAUGCCUCUUCUGAUAAUUCUCAUACGAACCCUAAUGCAACAACUAUGGAAGAUCCAAAUAUUUUUCUGACAGUUUCAAUUGAUGGAGUGAUGAACGUAUGGGAUCAUCGUAUGCCAGAUUCUGUCAUCAAAUAUCCUGUACCAAAAGGAAUUCCUCCAUGGUCUAUGUCUGCUUGUUGGGGUGCCGACGGUAACAGCAUAUUUGUUGGUCGUAGGAAUGGAAUUGUAGAGGAAUUUAAUAUCCAUUCUGGAACAAGCCCCGUAAGAUCUUUAAAAAUGCCUAAUGAUUCUGGUCCUGUCUCGAACGUCAGUUCCAUGCUUAAUGGUCGGCAUUUGGUAAUUGCUUCUUUUGAUAAUGUUCGCUUGUACGAUCUUCAAAGCAAAUCCGGAAUUGGAUUUUUGAUUGUUCCUGGGCACCAUGGGGGACUUGUGAGUGGUUUGCAUGUUGAUCCAUCAUGUAGAUUCAUGUUUACGGCUUCUGGUAAUAGAGGUUGGCAGGGAACUACGACGGAGGUUUUGAUGGGUUAUCAAAUUAAUGUUCUUCCCUAA